AUGGUCGCCGUCUCUACUCCCAGCAAGACUCCCGUCGAGGGCAAGAAGGCCACUGCGAAGCUCCCCUCGCCCCCUCCCCAGCCUAUCCAGCCCGUGAUGCUCAAGAACGCCGGCAAGGCGGCCGAGGCCGCUUGUGCCUGUGCCAAGAGUGCUCUGCCUAUGCGCGUCAAGCGCCUCGCCCCCUCCGCCACGAUCCCCACGCGCGGCAGUGCCCUCGCAGCCGGGUUCGACCUGUACGCCUCUCGACCCGCCUCUGUGCCUCCGCGCGGAAAAGCAAUGGUGGACACGGACAUCUCCAUCGCCCUCCCAUCGGGCACAUAUGGCCGCGUAGCCCCCCGUUCGGGGCUCGCAGCCAAGCACUCCAUCCACACGGGCGCGGGCGUGAUCGAUGCCGACUAUCGCGGCCCGCUCAAAGUCAUCCUGUUCAAUCUGGGCGAUGAGGAGUUCAAGGUCAACGAAGGGGAUCGCAUUGCCCAGUUGAUCCUCGAGGAGGUCCGCAUGGCGCCUGCGCUUGAGGUGGAGGACCUUGAUGAGACGGUUCGCGGACAGGGCGGGUUUGGCUCUACUGGCGUCGGUGCUGAGACUAAGACCGCGCCGCCCCCCGAGCCUUCCGCUUGA